CUCACACCUCACUCCAUCAUCUCUUCUCAAUUAAUCUUCGCGAAUAAUCAAUCGAGCAUCUCCAGAUUUGUAGAUAAACACUGAAAUGAUCCGGAUUACCUCCCUAGCGGUCUCCGGACUCGCGCUCCUCACCGGGUUCGCGUCCGCUGUCGCUACACAGGCGGACAUAGAGUCGCCUGAUUUCACUACCCUCUCAGUGCCUGAACACCCGCACCACGCCAUCCGCAUCAAGGAACAGAGCGAUGAGAUUUGCAAUGCGGGCUCGAGGCAGUGGACUGGGUGGUUGGACACUGGCGGAAAGCACCUCUUCUUUUGGUAUUUCGAGAGUCUGAAUGAUCCCGAAAAUGACCCUCUCAGUCUCUGGAUGACAGGCGGCCCAGGCGGCAGCGGCCUCGUAGGCCUCAUGCUCGAACUCGGGCCCUGCCUCAUCAACGACAACGGCACAGGCACAGUCCACAACUCCUACGCCUGGAACGCCAACACCUCUAUGAUCUUCGUCGACCAGCCCGCCGGCACGGGGCUCUCCUACUACGACACGGACGUCACCCCGCCCGCGACGUCCUACACCGCUGCCGAGGACAUGAACAUCUUCCUCCGCAUCUUCUACCAAGCCUUCCCCGGUCUUGCGUCUGCGCCCUUCCACAUUGUAGGCGAGAGCUAUGGCGGGCACUACAUCCCUGCCCUCGCCGCCGAGAUCGUCUCCUACAACAGCGGCUCCCCACCUCCCGACUUCAAGGUCCCGCUGGCGUCGGUCCUCAUCGGAAAUGGCUACGUCUCGCCCGCCGACACGACGUGGGGCUUCUACGAUACCCUCUGCACCACCAAACCCGGCGUCCCGGAGCCCGUGUUCAACGAGAGUAUGUGUGGGCUAAUCGCUGACGCGCUGCCGCGGUGCAUGUACCUCCAGCAAGCGUGCUACGCCUUCCCGGACCCCAUCGUCUGCGGCGCGGCCGGGGACUUUUGCUUCGGGCACGUGGAUCUGCUGUAUUACCAGGACGUGAAAGCCGGCGGGCGUAAUCCAUUUGAUAUCACGCGGCCCUGCGAGACGGAGAAUAUCUGCUACGGUGCCGGGGAUGGGAUUGAGAAGUACAUCAAGACGGAGCGGGUACUUGCCGCGCUUGAGGUGCCCGAGGCGGUGGGUAAGAAUUUCAGUCUUAUUUCCAUGGAUGUGAACGAGCGGUUCGAGCUGGCGGGGGAUGUGUUUUUGAGUACCGAGGCGGAUGUCAAGUAUAUCCUCGAGUCUGGGGUCGAUGUGCUAGUGUAUAACGGCGACUUGGACCUCGCGUGCAACACGGCUGGUAACGUGCGGUGGACGAAUAAGUUGUCGUGGGCUGGGCAGGUUGAGUUCGUUGCGAGGGAGCUUGAGCCGUGGUUUGCGGUCAAGAAGGGCGGGGAGACGGUCAAGGCGGGUAUGUGGAAGCAGGUUUCGAAGAAGAUGAGGGGGGGCAAGGAGACGAGGUUGGCGUUUGUGACUGUGGCGGGGUCGGGGCAUAUGGUGCCUUUGGAUCAGCCUGAAGUUGGAUUGCAGAUGGUGAGGAACUGGUUGUCUGGGGAUUUUGGCAAGGCUGUGAAGGGUGGUGUUGAGGUAAUGGCUCAGGGUGUGGAGGAUGGGUUUGUGUCUUUGGAGUUGUAGGUACGGAAUCAUGUGAGGAUGUUGGAGAUUCUUAAGCAGGCAUGGAUUUGUGCAGCUGUUCUAUCACAAGAGGUCGACAUGAGUUCCAUAGGUACUUGGCCUAGUCCUCAAGGCUACGUGACUGCCAAGGUUGACGACUUUGGUAUCCAUAGCGUCCCAACCGUCGUUUGCUACCUUACUCAUUCGGCAGCGAUAUACUCCUCUACGCCGUCGACCCGGUCACUCUCGCCAUCCAAUCGGUCAACCCGUUUUGCAACUGGAUCGCCUCGGGGGCCAUGCGCAUUGCCAUCAUUCCCACUGACGAUGGCCGUAUCUGGACUGAACAGGCGUACGUAUAGUCUUAAGAUCACAAAGCGAGGUAACCCCAAAAAGACAAAUAUAGUAAUAAAACGGCCUAUUUCAUUUUAAAAAGAAACCUUCAUAAGGGC